GCCCCCUCCAGACUCUGAGUGCUGCAUAGCUCCGGUAGCUCUGUGUGUCGUGGCAGAUGUUUUCACUCAGCUCAGUGAGGUGCUGAAGUCUUGUUUACGCAGUCAAAUACGUGUGCACAAAAAUGAUGAGAACAGGAGGUAUUUUAAAAUUGGCAGCUUUGGUUUCUGUCUUCGUCUUGGCUCUGUUCUUGGCCUUUGAGCUACUGGAAAUAAACCUGAAUUUUAAGUUGCCACAAGUUUUUGAAAGAUCUGUACCAGAGGAAACUUCUACAAAGCAAACACGGUAUAAAUGUGGCCUGUCGAAGCCCUGCCCUGCAGACCAUUUCUUCUUCAAAAUGGCCAGCGGAGCUGCAAGUGUAGUUGGCCCCAAAAUCUGUCUGGAAGACAAUAUAUUGAUGAGUGGGGUGAAGAACAAUGUAGGAAGGGGCAUGAACAUUGCACUAGUCAAUGGAAAAACUGGUGAGGUCGUCAAGACUGAGUUUUUUGACCUGUGGGCUGGUGAUGUCAACACACUUAUCCAGUUCCUAAAGUCCAUAGAAGAUGGAACAGUUGUUAUGAUGGCCACAUUUGAUGACUCAGCUUCAAAGCUUAAUGAUGAAGCAAGGAAGCUAAUAUCAGACUUCGGCAGUUCACAAAUCGAGUCACUGGGCUUCAGAGACAACUGGAUCUUUGUUGGAGGAAAGGGGAUCAAAACAAAAAGUCCUUUUGAACAGUACAUCAAGAACAAUGCAGAGACCAACAAGUAUGAAGGCUGGCCAGAAGUUCUGGAAAUGGAGGGGUGUAUUCCUAGAAGACAAAGCUGAACAAGUUCUAAUUCUAGCCAUCUUGGACCAAGUGACCUACAGUCUGUGUCUGCAGUUAAUUGAAGCUAAGAAAAAAAACAGUAAGCUUUUAUUUUUGUUACUGUUAAGCUUUCUCUUCUGUGUGAAAGUAGUUUUUAUAUUUCUAAAUUGAUAUAGGCAGUAGUUUAAAACUGCUGAUUAAUCAGUCUACAUGAUUCAAAGUUUGGAUUUUUAAUUGUGCAAUUAAGUACCCACAGUGCUGAAAUGUAAUUUUCUUUUUUUUUGUGAACCUGCUACCUUAUUAUUGGCUAAGUGUAUUUUUGCAACAUUUCCCACUAGUUGAGUGUGCUGAGAAACCAAAAAAAAGGUCUUUAAUGUAUUUGCCAGGUGUUUUAAUCUCAGUGUGACAUUGCUAUCUGUUUUACGUUUCUGUUCCUUUCAUCUUUAUUGUAAAAGUAGGCCUAUUUUCAUAUUUCAGUAACAGUAACAUAUUUCAUGUUUUGGUAACUUUGCAGUCAUGUCUUUUUAUGCAAUGUUGUGAAAUGGAGAUGGUUUAAGGAAGACAAGGAUAAGGAGUAUUACAUGCAGGGCGUGGUGUGGGUCUCAUUGCAGUGAGCCAGGUUCAUUGAAUGGCUCUAUGCCAGGCAAACUGUGCAAAAAGUGGAUAAUGCAAUCGGCUACAUUGCAAUCAUCAGGUAGGCUUCUCCCUUUAUUGGUGUUUUGUUGAAUUGAGCCAGGACACUGCCAGGGCAUCCCAGAUCUACCCAUCUGCAAGCUCACUUCACAGACCCAUAACUUAACCAACAUCAUACAUACAGAACCUCGCUGUCCUAACUGAUGAUUUAGGGCGUUUUCACUCCUGUAGUUCAAUUCUCUGGUCCGAAUCAGUUAAUGAGUUUGUUUACUUGGAGCGUUUUAUCGCUCUGUUCGGUCUGGUUUCACAUAAAUGUAAACGCACCACAAUGCGCAUCAAUAAACCACGCGAACAGCCUGUGUCAUCUGAUUGGUCAGAGCUGUCUGACACCGGAGUACUUUAAAUAUAAAUAUACGAAAAAAGCAAAUACAGCAAAAAGAUUUUGUGUUCCAGCGCAAAUAUCUAUGCUUUAACACUGAACGCUGAAACGCUGCACUUUAAAACACAGUGUUUCUAUGUGCAGCGUAGAUUUAUACAUAAUAAACAGAGUCACGUAUUGGUUUGAUGUGAAAGUUCAUGAUGUAUUUUGAAAUUGGCACUCCUUGGCUUUUGUUUUAACAGAAGCUGCUGCUUUUUUGCUGGGAUUUAUUGCAGGUUGGUUAGUUACUAAUUUGUUUUGUACCUUUCGCAACAUUAAGGCUGCUUGACAUUGACUUUUUACACAUCAGCUGUAUCUUAAGCUGGUCCACCACAUUCUCCACCCCCUGUUCUCACAUGCUUGAAAGUCAGUUCAGUACAUGUUCUUUCUAUUAGUGUUCAGAGCACGUGGGAGGAAAUGUCCACUUUGAUCUAAAACCUUGCUCCUCAAGUGGUUGGUCCUUAACACAGUGACCUACUGCAGAUCACCAGCUGUGUGAUGGUUGUUCAAGUCCUUCUCUAACUGCUUGCAAUGUUUGACCAGUGUCGUGACUCCAACUUUAACUGUGAUGGCAUACAUAGAGUAUGUGAAAACAGGCGCAUAUUGGCUGUAUUACUAGGCCCCAAUCCCAUUUCUCUUUUUUGUACCUCGACUCCUUGUUUUCGAAUGUAACUCUGUUCCCAGGGGAGAAAAGGGAGAAAUCCCCUCCCUCAAGAAUUGAGAAAAACCUUUAAGUAUCCAAUACAGAUAUACAGCUGUGGAGCAAUAAAGUUCUAGUAACUUUAUGUUUCUGUUCCACCUUAAAUUAUGGUAAUAUAGUGGUUAUCAUAAUCUGUAAUUGACAACAAUACUUGAUUAUUUGUGGGUUUCUUUGGUCGUUUGUGAUGCCAUCUUGCUAGUGAUUCUCACAGCCCUCUGUUUUGAAUGUGCCUCUGAACAAUUCUCAGUUUGAAGGUUCAUGUAGCCCUAAGACUUCGCUCUCCUUCUAGAAUUAGGAACAGAGGGGUGAAAUGGGAUUGGGCCCAAAUCUUGCCUAUGCACCACAAUAAUACCAUGAUAAUGUCAACUAUUGUCUGCAGAAAACAUUUAUGCUUUGUUUACUGCAUUUGGUUGCACUUAUAAGUAGUGCUCAUGUCUCUGUCUUGCUGUUUUCUCAUAUUAACUGCUCUAAAUAACUAUGCACACCACUGUGAUGCCGUACAGAUCUUUUUACAGUGGUGUGAGAAAGUGUUUGCUCCCUUCAUUAUUUCCCUUUUUUUGACAUCGUAAAUGUUUCAGAUCAUCAAACAAAUUUAAAAUUAGUCGAAGACAACACAAAAUGCAGUUUUUAAAUGAAGGUUAUUAUUAAGAGAGAAAAAAAAUCCAAACCUACAUGGUCUUGUGUGAAAGUGAUUGCCCCCUAAACCUUAUAAAUGGUUGGGCCACCCUUAGCAGCAACAACUGCAACCAAGCGUUUGCGGUAACUUGCAAUGAGUCUUUCACAGCUCUGUGAUGGUAUAUUGGCUGCACUCUUCUUUACAGAAUUGGAGGGUUUUCUAUCAUGAACCACCUUUUUAAGUCAUUCAGUCAUUCAAAGGUGGACUUGCUGGCGAGUUUUGUAUCAAUGUUCUGCUGCACAACGCAAGUUUGUUUCAGCUUGAUAUCACGAAGAAAUGGCCGGACAUUUUCAACUUUUGUCUCAUCGGGCUGAUCAAGCCUUAAUGUUCUUUUUGCUCAGCAGUGUUUUUUUCGUCUUGGCAAUGCAGGCAAUUUUUGCCCAGUCACUUUCUGAUGGUGUAAUAAUGAACAGUGACCUUAACUGAGGCAAGUGAGGCCUGCAGUUUUUUGGAUGUUGUUGUAGGGUCUUUUGUGACCUCUUGGAUGAGUCCUCGAUGCACUCUUGGGGGGGUAAUUUUGGUUAGCUGGCCACACCUGGGAAGGUUCCCCACCAUUCCAUGUUUUCACCAUUUGUGGGUUUAACAGUUUAUGACACAGGGGCAUGUGGGUUUGGAUUUAUUUCUCUCUUAAUAAUGAAAAACUUAAUUUAAAAAAAUGCAUUUUGUUUUUCAAUUAUGUUGUCUUGGACUAAUAUUUAACUUUGUUUAAUGUCUAAUCUAAAACAUUGAAGAGUCAUAUAUAAACAAAACAUUUUUUUGAAAAGAACUCAUGAUGGGGGCAGAACUUGUUCACACCAGUGUACACAUGAACAAAGGAAAUAAGUUAAAGGAAAGAGUAUGAAGAGAUUAAUUUCAUAAUGUUUUUUAAUAUUUUGGGAGGGGGGAUGGGAGUUGUAUGUUAUUGUUUGUAAAGUUUGACAAUCUUUUUUUGAUGUUAGGUGUUUUUAUUAGUUUUGGCUGAAGGCUUCUGUAAUGAGUAUAUAGUCGUUGUCACCCAAAAACCUUGCAUCUGAAAAAUGAAAAAUAUGUAAGAAAAUCUUUAGCACAGUGAGCAACAACACUGCCUCUGCUGUGGCACACUGGCUGGGGAAGCACUCCACGCUACACCAAUAAGAGUCCCUAGGCAAGACUUCUAACACUGCAAUCGGCUAGCUCUGUAGCAUGAUUUAAAUAUCAGAUAGAGAGUCAGAGUCAAAUACAGUAAAUAUACAUGAAUAAAAUGUUUUUAUUGUCAAAUCCGUUUAGAAUGUUUGUACUGGUCCACAUUUUAGGAAACUUUUGAAACAUGGUGUGGGUGAUGUUACCCUUUGAUAUUGGCACAAUAUUUCAGGGUAUUUUAUUAGCAUUAUUAUUGGCAAUAUGAAAAACACAUUAAUUUAAUGAAUAAUCCUCUGUAACAAAGUAAAUGUUAAAGUUCUAUACAGUAUACACAGUUUUAAACAUGCAUCAGAAACAAAAAAUACAUUUUCCAAAAAAUAUUAAGUGCAGAUAUUUCCAUACUACUUUGUGACACAGUAUAUUGUGUGUGUGAUCUGGUAUGACACCCACCCCUAUUUAACACAAUGUCCAGAUUAAAAAUGAAAAAAUAAAAAAGGAUGCAGAAGGUUUUUGAGUGACCGUGACAAUAUGCAUUAAUCAUCCACUGUUCUAUUUAUUUAUUUAUAUUUAUUAGAUUUGCUUAGGUUAAUAGUUCCAGUGCAAGUGUAGUGUAUACCACUGUAUUACUACAGAAACAUUAAGAGCAUGCUGUAGUAACGGGUGAUGUGAUGGUUUAUUCCUCUCACACCUGAAUGUGAGAAAAAGUUUGCCCGGUCUGUGUACACAUGCAAACUAACUCCAAUAUUGGCUUAUAGGAAAAAUCUGUCUGGGUAGUACUAUGCAAGCAAACUACAGGAACGGAACUCUUCCAUAGUUGUUCUCAAGCACAGUCUCUGGAAACCCAUGCACUGCACACUGUUUCUUCCCAUGCAUGGGGUCUUCUAUACUGUAAUUGAGAAGAUCCACUCUCCUAUAAACAUUUAAACUUUUUGAAUCACUGUAGAAUUGUUAUCUGAAAAUGCUGUAUGUCCUCUUAGUUUUACAGCCCUGCUGCCAAAUGCAGUUAUUUUUUUAAUUAAUGUGAGUGAUCUGUUUGCUCUCUGUAGUAUUUUAAUGAUUAGAUGUGUAAUUUAAAGAAUUAUCUGUCUAAAUGCUGUUUUUUUUCAAGUGUUUUCUUUUUAAUUCAAAUCAGAGUUUGGGCUUUGACUGUGGAUCACAUGAUCAGUAGAACUGUUCAUGUAUAAUGAUUUAUUUGAUCAUUUGAUAAUGAAGAAGGGUAAACUGUUUUUGUAGCUAAUGUUCCUGUGCUGUGAUAUUGCAGUGUCUCCAUUCAAGCUCUGUGGCAAGUUUGUUAAGUGUAAUCUCAAAACUUGUAUCAUGUCCAAUUUUGUGCCUUCUGUUAAAGCCACUUUUUUGGUACAUCAGUAGAAUAUAACACAUGGAAAUCUGAUUUGCAUUUAGUUGAUGGAAAAUUUGAUUUGAUUCUUAAUUCUAAUGAGAGAACCAGUGAUGUGCCUUGUUUCACCUUAAACCAGGGUGUAGAUUCAAAUACGUGGCUGCAGGUUUUCUUUCCAUACAGGUAAAAACGCUUUUGUUUCCUCACUGAUCAUGUGAGCUCUGGUAGCCACCCCUGCGGCAGACGAAGAAUAUAGGGUCAGACAGAAGCUGCAUUUCAGUCCUCACUCAAGUCAGUUACUUUUUUAGGGAAUAUUGACUUGUAACCCAAAUGAUUUGUUGUGAAACCUUUUGUCUUCAUUAAAUAUUUGUAUCAA